CGCUAACUUGAUUGCACUUGAUCCAUCCCUAUGGCGGAAUCGAUGCUGGGCGUCUGGAGCUACGACGCAAGCGUCGGCGUCGUUAGUUUUCAAGGGAUUGGAUCGAUAGAGGAUGUAUUUCCAUAUACACCCCUUGAAACUCCAGGGUGUCUUCAACCUGUGCGUUGUUUGUUGUUUAGAAGUUGAAAGAACCGAAAGUUAGAUUUCCCAGUUCCAAGAUGAGUUGCCUAGGCGACUGCUUGGACUUGGGCCCGCCACCGGACUCGAUCCUUUUCCUACCGCCUCCUCCAGUUCCUUCAUUCCUCCAACAGUCCCUUCCUGAUCUUCUGCUUAACACAACACCCUGUUCUGCGGCACAAAUUUGCGAAUCCACGACAGCCCCCAACAGAAUUCCUGAAAGUGGCGACUACAUGGAAUUACCCAGAAAAGAUGUUGAAACUUGGUCCGGUAUCGGUGACACUUGGUUAUUGGUUCUCGUAGCAUCCUCCAUAGGAGUGCUACUUUUGGGAGCCCUAUUGGCAAUGUUUCUUCUAAAAUGCAGAGAGAUGAACAUGUUUGGUGGCAACGAUUGUUCAUCGCAUCGUCAAAUGAAAAACCAUCCCGAACCAAGAGAAUGCUCAGGGGUGCCUUCCUUAAAUGGCACCAAAAUGGUCCACCCGUCAGAUACAGUUUUAUAUCACGGCAGCAACUUGCAAGACAACCGAAUGGUUUGGGCGACUUUAACGCCCAGAGGAACGCAGCAUUUUAUUUCUGAGAACUAUCCACCCGAUUUAAUAGAUUAUGGAGACGGAGAAGAUCAUUAUGAAACAAUAGAUAACGUUGGUGCGGUACCACCUGUACCACCAUAUCCAAAAGCAUUAGAAAAAUCGAGUUUUGACAAUUCUGGCUUCCUAGAUUACGAAUACGAAGAUCCGACGCCAUUGAUCGAGAGCUACCAACUUAACAACAUUGAACCGGAAUCGUCGCACUACCAGAUGAUUGGUAACACUGAUAUGCGUUGCUCAAACUUCAAUACACUGAGACGACAUUUACCAUUAGCCAGACCUAGAGUGUCUUCUCCAACUAGAAUAGAACAUCCGAAUUUGCCGCCUUUAAAUCUGUAUCCGCAUAAAGGGACGCUCAAGAAAAAUGGUACUUUAAGUUAUAGAGCAGUUGAGGGUAAUACUUUACCAAAAUAUGGCUUGUAAUUUUUUUUAAGCUUUGUCUCACCCUACUCUCGAUGUGAUAAGUCUAGGAAGAUUUUCUCUGACAUUUAAACAUUGUGAAGUUGACAGAAUAUUUAGUAAAUAACACCAAAAUAACUACAGUACUCUCGAAAAGAUAUCGUAGUGUCAACAUUUUCUGAAAAAAUAAUUAAAAAUAGAGGCAUUUAAUCAUAAUAAAAGCAAUGCUUUUAAAAUUAGAUGUCUUGGUCAUAAAUUUCAAAAUUCCUGAGAUUAGAUUCAACUGUCUGAAAAAAAAGUCUACAAAGUUAAUGGUUGGACGAUAUUAAUAAAAUAUUGGAAGUAAAUUGCACCAAAUAGUCCUGUAUUGGGACACAUUCAUAUUUUUAAUUUACUAUUCUAUAUUUGGCCCUGAAUCAAUAUGUAGGUCUACUUGAUCAGUAUUAUAUUUUUGUUUA